GCUGCAGCACCUACACAACACCCAGCAGAAGAUUUAGCACAGCAGUAUGCACAGAAGCCAGUAGUACCAGAAGUAGCAGCAAGUGUUUGGACAUCUGGACUAAUAGGACAGUGAUUGUAUCACAGAGAGGUGAGCAGCAUGACACACAUGCUCACUCACAGACACACAUAGACUUGGGCUAGGCAGUGCAGAUACUAUUUUAUUUAGUAGAUCUGUAAUGCUGGGCUGUGUUGUACUUUUACCUUUCAUUUCACAGCAUCAGAUUCAGGGAGUGAGAAUCCAGUGAAGUGAAUGAGACGGUGAGAAGCCUAAUGCAGCUGCUGGCUCUAUUCUGUCUGUGUCUGACUCCUCCUUCCUGAUCAACUAAUCUUUGCCAAAGCUGUGACCUGAACGAAGGAAUCAUUCAUGAACUACCCAUCACUAGGCUGAGAGCCCUGAUGUUCUGUGCAGGAGCAGUGUGUGCCGGGCAGGCGGGCAGUGAGGGAGUGUGUAACGGUCUGCACAGCCAGCUAGGAGGGGAGAGCACACACACACACUGACACACACACACACACUGACACACACACACACUGGAGGGGAGCUGCCCUGCUGCUGCACACUCUGCAGUGCUGGUGGAGGAGUCCUGGAUGCAGCAGCUAGUACAGGACACGUCGGAUCUGUCACCUACAUGAAAACGCCUGUGUCCCCGGACCCUGUCACCCUCCCUCCACUCUCCCCGCUGGAUAUCACCCUCUGAGUUUGUUUGUUUUCUUCUUUUUCUUUUGUACUUUGGAAACUUUUGGGAAACUUUUGGAAACUUCUGGGAAAGUUCUGUGAAAGUUCUUGGAAAGUUCAGGGGAAGUUGUGUCGGUGGCUCCGGGAAGAUGCACUGCUACCUCCUGAGCCUGCUCCUCGCCCUGGCCCUAGCCGCAGGGGCCCUCAGCCUGUCUACCUGCAGCACCCUGGACAUGGAUCAGUUCAUGCGCAAGCGGAUCGAGGCGAUCCGGGGGCAGAUCCUCAGCAAGCUGAAGCUCACCAGCCCCCCGGAGAAGUUCCCGGAGCCCGAGGAGGUGUCCCAGGAUGUCAUUGCCAUCUACAACAGCACCAGGGACCUGCUGCAGGAGAAAGCCAACCAGAGGGCGAUCCUGUGCGAGGCGGAGAGGACAGAUGAGGAGUACUACGCCAAGGAAGUGUACAAGAUAGACUUCCUGCCCCCUCCGUCCCCCAUAGAAAAUUCCAUCCACCCAAACUAUUACAAUCCUUACUUCAGGAUCGUCCGCUUUGACGUAUCUGCAAUGGAGAAAAACGUUUCCAACGUAGUGAAGGCGGAAUUUAGAGUGUUUCGUUUACAGAACUCCAAGGCGCGGGUGUCCGAACAGCGGAUAGAGCUGUAUCAGAUCCUCAAAUCCAAGGACUUAACGUCGCCGAUGCAGCGCUACAUAGACAGUAAGGUAGUGAGGACGCGAGCGGAGGGAGAGUGGCUGUCAUUUGAUGUCACAGAACCUAUUAAGGAAUGGCUGCGGCACAGAGAUCGAAAUCUUGGAUUUAAGAUCAGUUUACACUGCCCUUGCUGCACCUUCAUACCUUCCAAUAACUAUAUCAUCCCCAAUAAGAGUGAGGAGCUGGAGACCAGGUUUGCAGGUAUUGAUGACCCCUUCUCAUAUUCCAUGGUGGACCCCAAAACGCUAAAGACUGGUCAGAAGAAGCAUAACCUCCAGACCCCCCAUCUGCUCCUAAUGCUGCUGCCAUCGUACAGACAAGAAUCCCAGCAAUCCAGCCGGCGGAAGAAACGGGCAUUAGAUGCCGCUUAUUGCUUCAGGAAUGUCCAGGACAAUUGCUGUUUACGUCCAUUAUACAUUGACUUCAAGAGGGACCUUGGAUGGAGGUGGAUACAUGAACCCAAAGGUUAUAACGCAAACUUUUGUGCCGGAGCGUGCCCGUAUUUAUGGAGCUCUGACACCCAGCACACUCGGGUGCUUGGUCUAUACAACACCAUUAACCCGGAAGCAUCAGCCUCUCCUUGUUGUGUAUCACAGGACUUAGAGUCUCUGACCAUCUUGUACUACGUUGGAAAGACGCCAAAGAUCGAACAGCUUUCAAAUAUGAUUGUAAAGUCGUGUAAAUGUAGCUAGACCUGACGCCAGAGAAUGCGGUUUUAAGCGGACAAAAAAACCCAACUUUUUAAAAAAAAACAAGAAAAAAAAAAACAAAAAAACAUAGGCCUUGUUUGAUCAGUGUUAUAUUCUAAAAAAGAGAAAACGGUACUAGUGUGAACUUUUUGAGGUUUUUCUUUAAAAACCUUGCAGAAGAUGAAAAGUCGUCGAAGACUUUACUGAGUUUUCCUGAGUUAAUGAGAAUUGGAGAGGAACGUUCCCGCCCCACCCUCCCGCCACCGCUAAGUAUUCCUGGCUUAGGAAUGGGACCUACUGGCAGCUGCUGCCACGAUGAGCCCAUCUCUCCUCACGCAAUGAAUUUUGUCAUGCCGCUACUCUGGUACGCCGCAGAAUGCGUGGUUAUAAUGCAAGGUGUAUAGCGCUCUUCAUUCCUGUGGCACGACAGCUUACCAAUGCCCAUUUUCUCAUUAUGGGUUCUUUUUGUACAGUAUCAUUUGCAGAAGGCCACAGAACAAAAAGAAGGAAAAAAAAAGUAGAUAUCAGCAACAUAGGAGAAUUUGCCUGACAUUAAAUCACAGACGCGUUUCACGGAAUAGAAUCUCUCUGCUUUCCUCUGCAACUUUGAACAACAGAGACAUUAAUUUAAAGGAAACAAAAAAACUGAAACACUGGAAGAAUUUGUUGGUGUUAUUAUGUGAAAGGAAUAAAACCCAGGAAUACCCCAUGUAGUGGCGUUGUAUCUUUCCCAUGACGUACUUGAUCCUUCUUUUCUUGUUCCCCCAGUAGGCAUUUCUGCAUUGGGUAUAUUCCCCUGUUUUUGCUGUUGACAUUAUUUAUUCACGUGUAAUGAAAUCAAUUUAUUUUACCAUGGAAUAUUCGGCUAAACAGAGGAAAUAAACAGCUACAGUAACCCCUAGUGUAAUGAUGUGUUUGGUAGCAUACAGAUGUGGCCAUCACUGUAGUGAAUGCAUCGCUGGAAGCCUAGUCUUUGGAAUCUGGAUCACUAAAACAGGAUAAAGCUUUCUCCAUCCACCAGGAUCUAGUUACAUUACAAAGACACUUCAACACUGACAUGUACUCUCUAAGUUAUCCAUGUAAUAUAACCAAGGCACCUGAAAAGGUCAGCAGCAAGGAUGGCCUGACUCCUGCCACCUGGGGGUGAAACGUUCGUCCUCCAAUGAGAAGUUUCUGAAAACAGAAGUUUACUCUGUUACGUGUAAUAUAGAACUGAUAAGCAAAGAUGUGCUCACACUGUUUUGCUUUAGUUUUUACUUGUGUCUUAGCAUACCUCCCGAUAGGCCUGGUUUUUAUAAUGGGCAAGACAGGUAUGGCUUAUUGGAGUGAAGGCACGACCAUUGCAAAUUGGGUUGUGGCCUUUGAAGAUUGGGGUGAAGCCAGGGUGGGCUGUAGGGCAUGACUAACAUUGACCGUUGUGUAUUUGGGAAUGUUAGGACUUCGGUGUGCGGUUAAGUAGACAUACAUAUGGUGGACAUGGUAACUUUGUAGAACACUAUUUGUUGCCCAUAGUAACCAAUCGUAAUAUCACUGUCAUUUUUCCAGUGCAGUUUACAAAGUAAAAAUCUGGUUGCUAGGGGCAACAACACCUGUUUUUUUACAACGUGCUCUGUGGCACAUCGUUCAUGAGUCCCCAUUAUUCAUAUAUUCGUCUAGUAUGAGAAACACAACUGUAAAGUUUUCUGUAAAUACAAAUGAGAAAAAAAAAAAAAAAAAAAAACUUUGGUCGCUCUAAUUUUUGAUCUACUUUACAUGCAGAAUCUCUGACUGAGGCAUUUCUUUGAAUUUAUUAUUAAUGUAAAUUUCAUUUAAUAAAUCAGUGAAAUAUUUAAUAUGUACUGGUCUAAUAAACAGACCUUUCUAUGAUGCUGAAUAGCUAUGCUAUGUUUGUUGUGGGUAUAUGUAAUUAUACCGAUAGUAUUACAAUAGGGGGAUCUUAGAUCCAGCUUUAUUUGGAAACAAUCGUGUAGAUCUCUGUUGUAAACCAUUGAAAAAGAGCUUAAAAAUUGUGUACAUCGUGUGUAAUAUUUACAAGCAUACCAUGAUACUGAGCGCAGAGGAAACGUCAGCUGCAGUAGGUGACAACGUCCUCUGUAGUUGGCCGGUAUGACGAAACAUACACUGCAGCAAGUAAUGACGUGCUCUGCAGCUGGCCGGUACGCUGCAACGUCAGCUACAGUAAGUGACAACGUCCUCUGCAGCUGCCUAGUGUGAGGAAACGUACGCUGCAGUAAAUGCCAAAAUUCUCUGCAGCUGGCUGGUGUGAGGAAACGUACGUUGCAGUAAGUAACAAUGUCUUCUGCAGCUGGCCGGUGUGAGGAAACGUACGUUGUAGUAAGUGACAAUGGGGGUGAUGCCGAGUUGUUCGCUCGCUAGCUGCUUUUAGCAGCAUUGCACACGCUAAGCCACCGCUCUCUGGGAGUGUAUCUUAGCAUAGCAGAAUUGCGAACGAAAGAUUAGCAGAAUUGCGAAUAGAAAUUUCUUAGCAGUUUCUGAGUAGCUCCAGACCUACUCACAAAUAGCGAUCAGUUCAGUCAGUUUCGUUCCUGGUUUGACGUCACACACACGCCCAGCGUUCGCCCAGCCACUCCCCCGUUUCUCCAGACACUCCCGCGUUUUUCUGCACACUCCCAGAAAACAGCCAGUUUCCGGCCAGAAACACCCACUUCCUGUCAAUCACACUCCGAUCAGCAGAACGAUGAAAAAACUUUGUUACGCCGUGAGUAAAAUACCAAACUUUUGUGCUAAUUUACUUGGUGCAGGCGCGCUGCGUACAUUGCGCAUGCGCAGUUUGCGACUAAUCGCUCCGUAGCAAAAAAAAAUAACGAGCGAACAACUCGGAAUGACCCCCUAUGUCCUCUGCAUCUUGCCGGUAUGAAGAAACAUACGCUGCAGAAAGUUAUUACAUGCCCUGAAGCUGGCCAGUAUGUGUAAACGUACACUGCAGUAAGUGUUGGCAUCUUCUGCAGUUGCCAGGUAUGCAGAAAUGUCAACCGCAGUAAGUGACAACAUCCUCUGCAGCUGGUCGGUAUGCGAAAAGCCCUGUACAAUGACUUGCACUACAAUACCUAUUUUAUUUUACUUACAUCAAACUCCUUGUUAUGCCAUAAACUACCUGACUACACGUUUUCACAAAUGUAUUUUUAAUUAUGUUGAAGUUUGUGCAUGUUUCUGAUCAAGACAAACAAAUGUGAUAUUUGCACAGUAAAAAGAAUAAUUGAUCUAUUAGCAGUUGCCGUUUGCUUCCCAGGUCUGGCAAAUUAUAGGGCAAAGGGCCAUUACCUGACAUACAUAGUACUACAGUCUACUGGGAAGUUAUAGGGACUUAUCGCAAUCCUUGCAACAUCACCAUGGCGAUGUUCUGUUCUGGAUUGGGAAUGUUUCAAUGCUUACCAAAAUGCUUCACUGAUAAGCGAUUUAUCACAGAACACUAGGAUAAUGGUGAUAUAUCACAGCACACUAGGAUAAUGGUGAUAUAUCACAGAACACUAGGAUAAUGGUGAUAUAUCACAGAACACUAGGAUAAUGGUGAUAUAUCACAGCACACUAGGAUAAUGGUGAUAUAUCACAGCACACUAGGAUAAUGGUGAUAUAUCACAGAACACUAGGAUAAUGGUGAUAUAUCACAGAACACUAGGAUAAUGGUGAUAUAUCACAGCACACUAGGAUAAUGAUGAUAUAUCACAGAACACUAGGAUAAUGGUGAUAUAUCACAUAACACUAGGAUAACCGUGAUAUAUCACAGCACACUAGGAUAAUGAUGAUAUACUGUAUCACAGAACACUAGGAUAACCGUGAUAUAUCACAGAACAAUAGGAUAAUGGUGAUAUAUCACAGAACACUAGGAUAAUGGUGAUAUAUCACAGAACACUAGGAUAAUGGUGAUAUAUCACAGAACACUAGGAUAAUGAUGAUAUACUGUAUCACAGAACACUAGGAUAAUGGUGAUAUAUCACAGAACACUAGGAUAAUGAUGAUAUACUGUAUCACAGAACACUAGGAUAAUGGUGAUAUAUCACAGAACACUAGGAUAAUGGUGAUAUAUCACAGAACACUAGGAUAAUGGUGAUAUAUCACAGAACACUAGGAUAAUCAUGAUAUAUCACAGCACACUAGGAUAAUGGUGAUAUAUCACAGAACACUAGGAUAAUGGUGAUAUAUCACAGAACACUAGGAUAAUGAUGAUAUACUGUAUCACAGAACACUAGGAUAAUGGUGAUAUAUCACAGAACACUAGGAUAAUGAUGAUAUACUGUAUCACAGAACACUAGGAUAAUGGUGAUAUAUCACAGAACACUAGGAUAAUGGUGAUAUAUCACAGAACACUAGGAUAACGGUGUUAUAUCACAGAACACUAGGAUAACGGUGAUAUAUCACAGAACACUAGGAUAACGGUGAUAUAUCACAACACCAGGAUAAGGGGCUCUUUAAGCAUAAGUCAUACUCUAUUCUCCAUAUUUUUCAUGUCAAAUUUGCAUGGUCACAGAAAUAAUGACUGUGGCUGUAAAGCAAUUUUAUGAAGCCACUAAGCUUUAGUCAGUAAUUGCCUUAUCUUGGAAAAAAAAUUAUUUGAAUUCAUUAAAAUCAUAUUUGGAAUACAUACCAGAUUUGUCAGUUUGUAUCUUGAGACUUUUUAUGUGUUUUUUAGAAGAAGGAAUGAGGACAAUUUUAUUCAUUAGCUUUUAUUUCAGUUUUUUUUUUGCCAAUCUAGACAUAUCAAAUGAUUUGAUUUUCCUUCACUCCAAUGACAGUACGGACCAGCACCGUUACACCUCAGAAACGUUUAGACUUUUUUAUGUGCAGUAAAUGCUCAAUAAUUCUUUUUAUUACUAAAACAGAAUUGGUGUAUCGACCUCAACUCUAUUUUCAAUGAAUUUGAGAGCCUACAGUUUGCUUCCGGAUGAAAACAAUAAAACUGAUUGCUUCAGAUCUGUGUAAAUAAUUAUAAAUAUGAGCAGGAACACUUUUAAGUGAUUUUAUUUUAUUUGUCUUUUUUUUACAAUAAUGCUAGGAGGAUGCAGAGGAUAUAUCAUACUCCAUUCAUUUCAAAUGUACAAAAAAAAUAUUUUAUAAAAGGCUAAGACGCACCACAUGAAACAGCAGCCGUCUUCCGAAGGUGUAUUUUAUAGCUGGAAUGUCUUUUUUAUGAACAAAAAGUUUACAAAAACCCCCCCCCCCAAAAAACAAUCAUUGACCUUUUUUUAACUAUAAAAAGCAAAAAGCGGCAAGUUUUCCAUAAGGUCAUUUUGUAGAGUAGGGAGGAUUAAAGAGAGAAACAGUGGCCCUCAUUCCGAGUUGAUCGGUCGCAAGGCGAAUUUAGCAGAGUUACACACGCUAAGCCGCCGCCUACUGGGAGUGAAUCUUAGCUUCUUAAAAUUGCGACCGAUGUAUUCGCAAUAUUGCGAUUACUAACUACUUAGCAGUUUCAGAGUAGCUUCAGACUUACUCUGCCUGUGCGAUCAGUUCAGUGCUUGUCGUUCCUGGUUGACGUCACAAACACACCCAGCGUUCGCCCAGGCACUCCCACCGUUUCUCCGGCCACUCCUGCGUUUUUUCCGGAAACGGUAGCGUUUUCAGCCACACGCCCCUGAAACGCAGUGUUUCCGCCCAGUAACACCCAUUUCCUGUCAAUCACAUUACGUUCGCCGGAGCGAUGAAAAAGCUGUGAGUAAAAUUACUUUCUACAUAGCAAAGUUACUUGGCGCAGUCGCAGUGCGAACAUUGCGCAUGCGUACUAAGCGGAUUUUCAUUGCGAUGCGAUGAAAAAUACCGAGCGAACAACUCGGAAUGAGGGCCAGUGAGUAAUGGGCCGGUGGUUCCGGCUGGUAUUUAUUUCUCAUUGAUUAUCUAGUGGGGGAUGCCGCCGCUUAAUGUGAGUAAUGUGGAUUUAUAUAUAGAUAUUUGUCACCACUUCCAAAUUACUGUGUUUUCCAUUUCAGUUCGGUUUAUUUUCUUUAUGAUGUAUUGUUGCAGAACUUUUUUAUUAAUGGAAAAUGAAAACUGUGUUAUUAAGCUUAUCAGCGAUACACCUGUAUAGUCCGUGUAGGAGAAAAUGAAUAGAAAACCAGUUCGGCUGUAUUUUUGUGACUGAUUAUAUUGUAACACAAUGUAUGUCUGUUUUUGUGGUGCUGUAGUGGUAAAUAAAUUAUUUCAGUUGUACAA